UGGCAAGCAGGAAGCAGGGGAAUAACCUUGGGAGAAGAAAUGCGGUGGACUGUUUCAGUCUGGGACCAGAUCACAGCAUUUGUCAGACAGAUUAUAAUUAAGCAGUAGUGUUUGAACUCAUGAGUAAAGCAGCUUUUUUUUUUUGGAGCUGCUAAGCCGUCUUGUCGGAGACAUUUUUACGCAUUGUGACUGAGGACACACCGGCUCAGGUGUAUUGGUGGUACAAUUAAGAUCCCAGUGUUCGGAGUUCCAGUAUUCAUUGAUUAAUCUGAUUUAUUGUGUCAGAGCACAAAGCCUUGUCUGCUUCAUCUAGAGCGCCCGCCCAUUGGGCUUUCUGCGGAGCGAUAGUGGGAGAUUGAUUAUAGUCUCCGGGAUUUGCCGUGGAGAAAGCCAGAGCCUGCUUGGACUGCGAUUUGCUCUCCCAUCAGCGAAGGGGAGGAAAAUUAUAGCAACGACUUAUUUCAGCCUGACUCCACACGGACAGCACUCUCUGAUCCCUCCUGUGCGCAUUUAAGCCUCCUGUCUGUAAUCAGGUUUUUUUUUGUGUCUCCAAAUACGCGCAAGACAGUCACGCCGGACUUUUGUCUUUUACCGAGGAGGCUGCGAGUGUGAAUCGCCUCCGCAGUCUCAGAUGCGUAGUAAACGGAGAGUGGGUUGGGUCGCCUAGGCGCCUGGCAUACGCACACGUCGUCAGCGAUAAAAGCGAGAUAGGUGAGGGGGGGAAAGAGACACCCCGAGGCUUUUCAUUGCAAUCAGGAGGACACCGGAGAGGUGAGUCGGACACUGGCAAACCGCCGGACUCGCACCGGCUUGUGGAUUUGACUCUCAAGACAAAUCCCAGCCGCUUUUGUCGCUCGGGGAUCCGCAGAUCCUCUGAUUCAGGACCAGCGGUUAACCACACUGUCAAACCCGACCAGACAUCCCCUCCUCAUCUGAAGGGAAUAUUACAAGUGGAUCUGCGGGGCAACACACAAUGGCAACCGGUGCGCUCCUUCUUGCCUGUGCGCUGCUUGCUGGUGUUGCCGUGGCUCAGAGAGUGGUAACAGUGCAAAGUGGACCGCUGGUACGGACUGAGGGCUCACAUGUGACCAUCUUGUGCAACGUGACGGGCUAUAAAGAAGGGGUGGAACAGGACUUUGAGUGGUCCAUGUACCUGCCAUCAGCACCGGACAGGGAGAUCCGCAUCAUGAGCACAGCUCAGCCAAACUAUGCCUACUCGGUUUAUGCCCAGAGGGUCAACAGUAAAGAGAUCUAUGUGGAGAGGCUGAGUGGCGACUCGGCUGUGCUUCACAUCACCAAAGUGCAGGCCAAGGACCAGGGUCUGUUUGAGUGUUACACACCCAACACAGACGGGCAUUACCUGGGAUCCUACAGCGCACGCACCAACCUUACUGUCAUUGCUGACUCGUUGACGGUGACGGCUCCAGCCCAGACUCUCUCCAAGGUGGAAGGCGACACACUACAACUCACCUGUGAAGUGUCUCGGACCACACAGCAGCACACUCACUUAUCCGUGGGUUGGUACCUGCGGUCCCCAGAGGAUGCAGCCGCAGCACCUCAGGAGCUGGUCACCUUGUCAAGGGACUUUGUUCUGCGUUCCGGGGGACCGUACCGGCAGAGGAUGGGGGCAGGAGACCUCAGGCUGGAUAAAACCAGCGCUACAGCCUACAGGCUGACCAUUCACAAGCUGCAGCCAGUGGACCAAGGCCUGCUUUACUGCCAGGCUGCUGAGUGGAUUCAGGACACAGACGGCAGCUGGUUUGCCAUGACCCGCAAGCAGAGUGACAAGACUCAGCUCCGCAUUCAGCCCACUGAUCGGGACUUCAGCAUCCAGGUGAGCACGGAGCGACGGUCCUUCACGGCCGGUGAGCCGCUGGAGCUUCGCUGCACCAUUGAGGCCCAGAACGUCCCAGAGCGCUUCUUCUCGGUGUCGUGGGUCUUCAGCAGCUCACCGGUGGCCGUGGUGGGCCCCAGUGCCGUGCCUGUCCUGGGCCCCGAUUAUGUUGCCCGAGAGGCGGCUGGCCACAUGACGGUGCGUAAAGAGAGCGCCAACGUGCACUUGCUCAAGCUGCAGCACCUACGCCCCGAAGAUGCUGGGAAAUACAUCUGCCGCGUGACAGAGCGAGAGAAGACGCCCACGGGAGACUUUAUCGAUCGCAGCAAGAGGUCCCGCAAUGUCCAGAUCACAGUCCAGCCGCUCAAGAGCAACAUCACAGUGUCAUUGUCCAGCAACUCUUCGGAGGUCCUAGAGGGCGAUGUGAUCCAGCUGACCUGCUCGGUCCACUCCACUACAGGUCCCCUGUCUGUUGUCUGGCAGUGGACAGACAAGCAGGCGACUGGACCGGCGCAGGAGGUGGCCUCCGUGGAUCGCGACGGCACCGUGUGGCACAGCCCCUCCUACAGAGAGCGCUCCAGUUAUGGGGAGAUUCGUGUGGAGAAAGUCCGUGCCGACGCAUUCUCUCUGUCCCUGUAUAAUGCCUUACCUGAGGACGAGGGUCAGUACCGCUGCACGGCCACUGAGUGGCUUCAAAGUGGUACUGAGCCAGAGCUUACCUGGGAGAAGAUAGGAGAGAGGGCAGCAACCAAGACUGUCACUGUGAAGACUGUUGAAUCCUCCUUCAUGGUGUCUGCUUCGUCACGGACGCCAUCCGUUACAUUCGGCGACUCCUUUGACCUCUUGUGCCUGGUGAAGCCUCGUCACAACCCUCGUGUCCCCACCUCCGUCACCUGGCGCUUCAUGCCAGCUGGCACAGAAGCUGGCGACGAGGAUCAGGGAGAGUUCAAAGACCUUGUGACUUUCACCCGCGAGGGCACGCUGCAGUGGGGGGAGCAGCUGCUUGGGCUGGGCACCCGCACCACAGUGGACCGCUCCCACUCCAACACCAACUUCCGGUUGUCGGUGACCCGCGCAGGCCGUCGCGAGGCGGGCAAGUACCAGUGCACCGCCGUGCUGUGGAGGAGGAACUACGACUACAGCUGGAGCAGAGUGGCCAACCGCACUUCCAACCUGCUCGGCAUCAGUGUCCUACAGCCAGAGAGCAAGCUGCGAGUGCAAAAGACCAACCAGUCUCAGGUGUACCUGGAGGACAGUCGCGUCAGGAUCAAUUGCUCCAUCAGCUCCCAGACCAGCCAGGACUCCCAGCACGCUGUGCUGUGGUAUGUUAGGCGCGCGUCCGGGUCAGAAGCUGAUGAGCUCCUGCUGAGAAUCGAACGCACGGGGGCCUUUGAAUAUGGCGCCUACGCAGACGAGGAAAGAUUGCGACGCCGAGUGCAAGCUGAGAGGCUGUCACCCCGUCUCUACGUGCUGACGCUGAACAGGGCAGAGAACAGCGAUUCUGGGACGUACUACUGCCUGGUGGAAGAGUGGCUGAGUGACCCAGAUGGAGCCUGGUAUCGCCUCUCCCGGGAGUCAUCGGGGUUCACGCAGGUUCUGGUCAGACAGCCAGAGGUUCGACUGCAGGUGGAGGAAUCAGAGUCAAACAUGACAGUGGAAGAGUCCGCCUCUAUCCGACUGGGCUGUAGCAUUCCCUCCCAGUCGUCCCGAGACUCCCGCUUCUCCGUGUCCUGGUAUGUGGAGCGCUCCGACGAUGAAGACGACGAGGAACAGGUGGGCGAGGAGGAGAGAGAGUGUGUGUUCUCCAUCGGCCACGAUGCCGUUUUUGGAAACGGAAACUGCAGCCCCAGAGAAGAGCCAGGGCCUAAUUCCCGCCUGCAGUUUGAGAGGAUGACCUCUGACCAGUACAGCCUGACCAUACAAGGAGCACGGCCGUCAGACGCCGGCCGAUACUACUGCCAUGUGGAGGAGUGGCUGCUCAACCCCCGCAAUGCGUGGUACCGCCUGGCCACCAACAACUCCGGGUUCACAAUCGUCAAUGUAAUGCAACAAGCGUCCACCCUCCAGUCCGUGGUGUGCUCCAACGACUCCCUCUUCUACUUCGUCUUCUUUUACCCCUUCCCCAUCUUCGGCAUCCUCCUCAUCACCGUGCUGCUGGUGCGCUACAAGAGCCGCAACAACAGCAAGAGCCAAGAAGGCAAAAACGGCGCCCCCCUCCUAUGGAUUAAAGAACCUCACCUCAGUUACUCUCCCACAUGUCUGGACCCACCUGCGCUCAGCCUACACCCUGGCUCUGUCGACUAAGCGAGGGUGCUCCCCCCUCCUGACUCACGCGCAUCGCUGAUCCAGCCAACACAAUGCCAGGGAGCAGAUCUGGACUCCACCUUCAGACCUUACUGUCGUUCACUGCUGUGUUGAGUUAGUCAAUCAGUUGAUCAGUUUAAAAAACCCUACCCUGGUGGCUGCCUGUUUUAUGUUAACAACUGUAUGUAUGUAUGUGUGCAAGCGUGUGUGUGUGCGUGCGUGUGGGGACUAGUAUGGGUGUGCCAUGUCAGCAUGGUCAAUUGUGCAAGUGCGAAUUGAAGGACAAGAGAGUAUCACAAGCCUCUCUCGUUUUUUUGUUUUCUGUGAAACUCAUAGCUGCAUUUUGAUUUUUAUUACUCUGAAUAUCUGUCUAUUUUUCAAAAAAAAAGGAAAAAAAAAAACUGCGCACAUGAGAUCAUCGGCCAAUCCGGGAAGAACAUUUAAGAGAAGGAACUCUAUAACCGACUCCGGCACUCAGUGGAUGCCAAAAAAGUCUCCGCACUGAUCCAAGAGCAGCCACAGCCUGGCCCACUAUGUUGGUUGCCAUAGUGAUUCUCUGCGCCCACUGACUCCGUAGCUGAUGACUUGGUUGCCAGCCUGCAUAGAGACAAAGGCAAGGACACACAAGUCUGUGUCCUAAGUGAGGAUGUGUGUAUGUGUGUUGGCCCACCUGCCUCCACAAUGAAUUUGCCUUGGCAGACAGAAACAGGUCCUCAUGCACCACUUAAACACUGCCAGACACUCUGGCCUUAGCGAGAGACUGCUCCGCUCUUUUCCUCUAUCCUCCGAAAAAGAGACAGGGAGAAGGAGACGGAGGAACAUCGCAGAUGAUGGGGAGUAAAUGAACAGCGCUCUCCUGCUGAGGAUAUACGUACUCUCACAUAAAGGAUUUUUUUUUCAGUGCCAAGACCUCCUUAUUUCCACGCUGCUCUCCGCAGCUGAUGUUUGAAGUUUUAAAGAGAGUCGCGAAGCUGAUUGGUUUUUGAAGCAGAUUGUAAAUAUGUCUGCUUACCUCCUGCUGUGGGUUUAUGGGCCUUGAGGGCAAAAGGGCAAUUUUUACACUCGUGUUAAAUCAGUUGAAUUGUCCUGUUUAAAUUACACAGUGAGGGUUACUGACUGAAAUUAAAGUCUUGCACAUUUCUUUAUGUUGCCCAGUAUGACCACUCCGUCCAGUCUUUAAAAGAUAUCAGCUCAAAAGAGGCAGAUGAGAAUAAAAAAAAAAGACUUUUGAUUUGCUAAGAGCCACACUGAAGAUUACUAAUGUGUAGAUGUGUAGUAAAACACUUCAAAUGUUCUCUGCACAUUAUAAGAAAACAAAAUGACGAACGGGGACAAAUGUUUGACUUUUGUGUUUAUUUUAAAGAUUUUUCUAUUUAUUGUUUUUUUACUACUUUGCAUAGCUUUGUAAGAUUUUUUUUUCUUUUUGCUUUGAAAUUCUCUAAGAACUGUGCUGCUUGUGUUGCCAGGCAACUGCACCAAGCAGAUUAUGUCAAUAGCCUGUGUGUUGGCAAUGUGGUAGAUGUAGAAAUGCUAGAUUUGUCCUGCGCAUUGCAGUCUGUAGCAUUUCAUACCAGAUUGUCAAGUUUGGUCAGUGUCAAAACACUGUAUAUCUAUACCUAUAAUGAAAUUAUUGUGGCUUCUACAUGUACAAUAGUCAGAACCGACAAGUCACAAAAACGAAUUCACUUAAUGCUUUUUGCUUGAGUCGCGUUUAUUUAGUGAAAAUGUGAUGUAACACCUAGGUAGGAUGUUUGAUCAAAGACAGCUGAAACCGAACUGUUAAGACGUCUUCUAAUCACGGAUUCUAGCUGAAAGGCGUCAUCCUCGGCUCCCCUGAUGCAAGGCAGAAGGGUUGAGAAUCUGUGUCACCUUCCCUGGAAUGCAACAGCCAGGAGAGGUGUGAAAUCCUCUACCCCGACCUGGGCCUAACCCUUUCACUGCCAGACCGGACAUGAGAACUCUUGAAAAACUUGACAUUGUUGUCUCAAUCGUGUCAACAUGUAUAUUGCAUGACAAUACUGCGGGAGGAAUUUUGAUGUUUUGUAAACUUUGAACUCUUUGAGCAUUGUGUUUGUGUGACAGAGCAGUGCCCCCUCCCCCUCCUCCUACCGACGUCCUGAGCCAAGAGUCAACACAACGCCCAGUCCCUUGUUAUCUACGAUAUUUGACUGCCAAUUCCAGAUGCCCUUUGAAACCUGUCAAGUAAUCUAUUUCAAGAAUGGGUGUUGUGGAGAUUGUGUUUGAUAUUAUAGCUCAUAUUUGUCUUUUUAAUGCUUUGCUUUUAUGCAGCACUUCAUUAAACAGAUUUAUGUCCAAAAGAAACA